UGCCUCCAAAUUAACUUUAAAAUCAAUUUUUCAAAAAAGGUAAUGUCAGUAAAAUUGUGGAUUGUUUUAUACACCCUUCGAGAAAUGCUUCAAUUUGUUGAUAAACACAUAAAAUCUGAAAGUAGCAAAAAAGAAGAGAAAAUGUCUGAAAAUGAAGGGGAAGACUUGAAGAAGAAAUUUGCUUUGGAUUUUGCCAAAACUUUAUUAAAUGAUCAACCCGAAUAUUUGGUUAGGCAUAACGAGGAAUUAUUUAUUAGAAGAGCAAUUGUCUCUUUUCCUUAUAAACAAUCGAUGUUAUGGCAAUCAUUAAAUCAAAGUUUUAAAACUGUCGAAUUUGGUUCUCCCCCUCCAGCUUUUAUUAUUUUGUGUAAUGCUCUAUUAGGGCACAGAUUUGUCCAAACAUCUAAAUUUUGUAGAACUUGUUCAAUUCCUUCAGCUAAGAAACGUUGUCCAAAGUGUAAAGUAAAUAUUUAA